CGGGCAAAAAAAACGUACAAAAGAGAUAAGAAGAUGAGCGAAGAACAAGCACACGCCAACCUUGUGGUUCCCGCGUUUCGAACUGAGAAAGAGCUCAAAACGCAAACGCAGAAUGGCCACGGUACCGUUUGGCGGUUCGGUGGAACCGAUAAGGCCGCGAAAGCCUCCACCGUAACGCUGAGAGGUGUUAUCUACAUGCUCUUCGAUAACUGCAGCAAGGACGUCAAAAAGACCGUUUUGCCCCUCGGCCAUGGAGAUCCGUCCGUCUACCCUUGCUUCCGCACCUGUAUCGAGGCUGAGGACGCCGUCGUCGACGUCCUCCGAUCCGGAAAAUGCAACUCCUACGGUCCCGGAGCUGGGAUUCUCCCGGCCAGAAGAGCCGUCGCCGAUUAUCUGAACAAAGAUCUUCCGAACAAGCUAACGCCCGACGACAUCUUCCUGACCGCUGGAUGCAACCAAGGGAUAGAGAUCCUGUUCGAAUCGUUGGCUCGACCGAACGCAAACAUCUUGCUCCCACGUCCUGGCUUCCCUCACUACGACGCUCGUGCUCUUUACAGUGGUCUCGAGAUCCGCAAGUUCGAUCUUCUUCCCAACAAAGAAUGGGAGAUUGAUCUCGAAGGAAUCGAGGCCAUUGCAGACGAGAACACUGUGGCCUUGGUCGUGAUUAACCCCAACAACCCCUGUGGAAACGUCUACUCUCACGACCAUCUCCAAAAGGUUGCAGAGACGGCACGGAAGCUGGGGAUAAUGGUGAUCACAGACGAAGUGUACGACCAAACUAUAUUCGGAGACAACCCCUUCGUUCCGAUGGGGAAGUUCGCAUCGAUCGUUCCCGUGUUGACGCUGGGAGGCAUAUCUAAGGGAUGGGUUGUUCCCGGAUGGAAAAUUGGCUGGAUGGCCUUGAACGACCCCGAGGGCGUUUUCGAGUCCACCAAGGUGCUUCAAUCCAUCAAACAGAAUCUCGACAUAACUCCUGACCCUUCCACUAUCAUUCAGGCUGCACUUCCCAAGAUCCUGGAGAAAGCGGAUAAAAAGUUCUUUGCAAAGAAGAACGAGAUACUAAAACAUAAUGUCGAUUUGGUGUGUGAUAGGCUCAAGGACAUUCCCUCCGUCGUUUGUCCCAAGAAACCCGAGUCUUGCACCUACUUAUUGACGAAGCUGGAGCUGUCAUUGUUGGAGAACAUCAAAGACGACAUUGAUUUCUGCGUGAAGCUGGCCAGAGAGGAAAACCUCGUGUUUCUGCCAGGAGAGGCUCUGGGUUUGAAGAACUGGAUGAGGAUAACCAUCGGAGUGGAAGCUCAUAUGCUUGAAGAUGCACUUGAGAGACUCAAGGGUUUCUGUACACGUCAUGCCAAGAAGACAGAUACAGAAACUGAGCCACUUCAAGCGUUGAAACUGAGUGAUAAUAAUGUCGGAAUAUAA